GUGCUCACAGAGGGGAGGUGGUCGUAGAGGAAGACCAUCCCACGGUCCGUCCACAUUCUGCGGCUUUUUCGGUUCAGUCUCAGUCUGAGGGGUAGAGCUUUUUUCAGGAGGUGGAGUUCGCUGCGAACCAGGAAUCUGCUGCAAUGUUAACCCAGAGCUGAAGCUACGCGAGCCUUGGUUCCGAUACAUGACAGUAGAAGCCAGUUAUGGAGUUCAACAAAGUUGUGACCUUGUGGCUUUUUUACCUGUGUCUUGUUGGAGAAAGUGGGGCUGACAAACCAACAUCACCUGCAACAGACAGUCCAGUUGUUGAAAAUGUGAUGUCAGAUUUGUGUCGCAUCGAUGAGCCGCUAUGCAGUGACGAGAAUGCCGUUCUCAGCUUCGAGGCUAUCCGUAGCAUCCACAAGCAGAUGGAUGAUGACGAAAACGGCAACGUAGAUGUGGCAGAGACAGACGGCUUCCUGAGAGAAGAUCUAAACUACCACGACCCCAAGGCCAAGCACAACAGCUUCCAUGGGGACGACCAGUUCAUCAGUGUGGAGGACUUGUGGAAUGCCUGGAAGGGCUCUGAUGUUUAUAACUGGACAGUGGAUGAGGUGGUCGUAUGGCUUAUCAGCUACGUGGAGCUGCCACAAUAUGUGGAUGCAUUCCGCAAGAUGCAGUUUAAUGGAAGUGACAUGCCAAGGCUCGCUGUUAAGAACAACACUCUGACUCUCUCUAUCCUCAAGAUUUCUGAUCGCAGCCACGUGCAGAAGUUGCAGCUAAAAGCUUUGGACACUGUGCUGUUCGGACCUCCUCUAAUGAACAGACACAACCACUUGAAGGAUUUCAUGCUGGUAGUGUCAAUAGUCAUAGGAAUGGGCGGCUGCUGGUUCGCGUACAUCCAGAACCGGUACUCUAAGGACCACAUGAAGAAGAUGAUGAAAGACCUGGAAGGCCUACAGAGAGCCGAGCAGAGCCUGCAUGACCUACAACAGAAACUGCAGAUCGCACAAGAGGAGCACCGAACUGUGGAAGUGGAGAAAGUGAACCUGGAGCAGAAGCUAAGGGAUGAGAUCAAUGCGUCAAAGCAGGAGGCCCAACGACUGAGAGAGCUGCGUGAGGGCACAGAGAAUGAGCUGAGUCGGCAAAAGUACGCAGAAGAAGAGCUGGAGCAGGUGCGCAUGGCACUGAAGAAAGCAGAAAAAGAGCUGGAGUCCAGGAGUAGCUGGUCACCACCAGAGGCUCUCCAGAACUGGCUGCAGCUCACCCAUGAGGUGGAAGUGCAGUACUACAACAUCAAGAAGCAAAAUGCGGAGCGGCAGCUCCUGGUGGCCAAAGAAGGGGCAGAGAAGAUAAAGAAAAAGAGAAACACGCUCUUUGGUACUUUCCAUGUUGCUCACAGCUCCUCACUGGAUGAUGUGGACCACAAAAUACUGGCAGCAAAGCAGGCCCUGGGUGAGGUGACCGCUGCCCUGCGGGAGAGGCUCAAUCGCUGGCAGCAAAUAGAACUGCUCACCGGUUUUGUCAUCGUCAACAACCCAGGCCUUCCUUCCCUGGCCUCAGCCCUCAACCUCGACCCCACCUUCAUGGGCGGCAGAGCUACACCCCAGCACUUCAUCAUGUCGGACGAUAUGGACGACAUGGACGAGGAUUUCGUGCCUGGAACUCUGCAAUAUGGCACGCGGCUGCUGGAGCGGCGAGCCAGUGACCUGUGGUCCGUCGGUUCAGACUGUCAGCACAUGUGGAAAUAUCCUGCUCCCAGUAUGAUGUCCCUGCGCCAACGCCACAUUGACCCCCAGCUGGCCAUGGGCUCCCAGAGGUUGGUAGAGAGUUGCCAUUUGGCGGGGCAGCAGGGAGAGGGAACCCCGUAUCCAUCCCGGUCUAGGGCUGCCCUCAGACAGUCACGCAGCCAGUCGUUUGGGCAGCUCGAGAGUCUCCCUCUGCCUCCUCUUUCCUCGGCUGUGUCCCACCCCUCCAUCAUCUGUACUUCCAACCCAAAACCUCAGCCCCUGUCCUUCUCCUCUUCAUGCUUACCUCAUGCUGUGGGUGCCUCCCAUAUAUAUCACACCUCUUUCCAGCCCAUGGAUCCCAUUCCUGAUUUCACAUCCUCCGAAGUCUCCAAAUCGUGCAGCGAUUGCGAUGGGGACUUAAAUCGCUCCGACUCAGACUCCUCCCUAUCCCUGUCUCAAGUUGGUGACCGGCUAGCUGCCUACUCCUCCAAAGGCCACCUAAUCAAGCCUACUUCUCUCAUGUACGGCCUGCCCAGCAGAGUAGAUGACGUCGUCUCACUGCAUGCUCACACUCCCAAUGGAGGGAAUCGCAGCCACGAGAGCAGCCACGCGGAGCACGUCUCUGACAGCCCCAUACUUAUGAAGAAGGUGUACGACAUGCAGAAGUCGCCGAGCCUGGGGGAGAUCAACAGCCUGUCGGAGUCGUCCCGCUCCUUCAGUCCCAACUCUACUGAGCCUGACACGCCGUCGCCCACAGGGGGACAAGCAGCGUCCGUGGGGGCGAAGGUAAACAGCCGCAUCCCGCAGCUUUCUGCCAAGAAGAGCCCCCUGGAGGAGGACAGUGGCUCUACAGGAGAAGACACAGAUUCUAACGCCAGCCGCAAGAAACACACCUUCAAGAUCUUCAAGAAGCAGAGGAAAUAAGGGCUUCAUGAACUACAGGUUGUCAAAGCUGCCUUGUUAUUCCUCUAGAGUGUUUUUGAAAAAUAAUAAUAAAAGGUUUGCAGCUUCGUUAAUGGUCAGACGAUUGCACAAUUUGUUGCAUCUUUUUGUAGGUCGAACACCUACUGUGAGAAACUGAACCGUGGGAGAAUAUCUGCUGAUAUGUUUUAUCGCUUCUCUGGUCAAUGUUGAACAUGUGGGUAAUGGGUAGGUUUGUAAAUUGGAAUGUAAAGUAUUUAUUCUGCAGGAGGUCGUUGCAGUCUCAAAGGGAAACGUCUCCCAGUUGGUUUUUCCUUUCUAGUUCUACAAUCUAUAACAUUUUGCAUGUCUUCACUUUUGUUUGACUGAUACGUGAAUGCACUUAGUGUUUGCUUGGUUAUUGUUGUUAACCUACUUAGACAACACUCAGUGUUUCCUUUACUACCUAACCACCUAGUCUACAAUCCCAAAGUGAAUGUGCACUCCUUUGUUUUACUUUGUUUUUAUUGAUGCGUAGAUGUUUUUCUAUCUUGUGUUGUCUUCUUGGCAGAGCAAGUGUCACCUUCAGGAUGUCCUCAAAGUGUAGGAAUAGAAAAGCUGGACUGGUUGGUAACAGAAAAAUAUGAUUAGCAACCGUCUGAAAGGAGACCUCAUCAAAUUGUAGCAUUAGGUCUUUUUUAAAACCUUAAAGGCGUGCAUGUGAGUGUGAGAGACUGAUAUGGUCAAAUGCCUGAAAAUGUUUUGUUUUUUUUUUGUUUUCUUUGAGCCACGUUAAUCCAACAUUUUUGAAUCCAACUUGGACGUAGGGAUUUUCCUUUUAUUGGGCAAAAAAGUUACCAAAAAACCUACUCUCUGUAUCCACCUUUAAACAAAAACCACAUGCUUUUUUCAAGUUGUAUCCAAAGGUGCUUUGAUCUGUACAUAUGAAAAACUUUUAAACGUAAGAUACGUCGGCGCUUUUUUAUUAAAUUAAGUAAAAGCAGCUUUGUUUUUAGAAAAUUAAGCCUUCCAGAUGAAUGUUGGUUUGAUGAACAGAGUUUACGGUUUCUCUUUCGUUCUGUUUUCUUGAAUCCUUGAGGACAGGGGCUGAAGAAGUGCUGGUAAGGGCUAAACUAGGCAAAAGCAUUUGCUCUUGGUGAGAUAGAAACUUGGACCCACCUUCCUGUCAGAUCUUAGCGAGUUGCAAAAGACCAAUCACGUCAAAGUGCCAAAUAACUAUUUCUAAGAGGCCUUGGGUUUGUUGUGUUGACAUGAUGAUCCUCUUUAUGUCCAGUGCAAACGCUGAAUGUCCAAGGGUAUUGUUUCUGUAACAGUAUGAUCACUGCAGUAUGUUUACAGUUUGAACUUCGUGCCAGUUGUCACAGCAGCUUUGUAUGAGCACAGAACUAUGCAUUAGUGGCUGUAGGUUAGAGCUAGAGCAGUGGGGGCACCAGAGGCUCCUGAUCAAAGAACAACCAAAAAGUGCUGCAGAAGACACUGUCGUCCUCCCCCAGCCUCAUAAUGUAACAGUUGGUUUGGAUGUUCCUUUAAGACGCGGUUCAGGAUUUAAUUUUGGAAAAACGAAUAAUUUCCUACAGGUACUUUUUUAAAGUGUCGUUUGUACCUUUUUUGCACGACCGCUGUAAAUGGACUACGCCAUAUGAAUGAGUGAGUGAGUAUCUGUCCGCUCCCAGUAUAAUGCACUGUAAUGUUGUUGCAUGUCAACUGCUGUAACAAACCCUGUGUGGGGUUAGAAGAGUGGAUCGCUGUAAGAUCUUCACCGCCUGUUUUUGGUUUCUCUUCAUUUUGAGCUUCUAUUUAUGACCUCAUACAGUAUAUUUGUACAGAGAAAUGAUAAUUUUGCAUCUUCUGUGAUGGUCCAGACUUUUAUGCCACUUCUGCAUGAUAGCAAUAAACUAUUUUGAAUGAAA